CUGUUGACUUGACCAUAUUUGUGCAAUGGCCUCUCUAGCUAAUCAUCUUCAUAUCAUUCUCAUGGUAACAGCCUCCCCCUGAUCAGGGCUCAGAUUCAUCAAGAUUUCAACCUUUGUCACUACAAGACGAUGCCAACCUUGUCCAGUCAUGCACAAUUCAUCACUUGUUGCGACCGGGAUUAUGACAGAGCGAAAGAAUUGCAGGAAUUUGAUGAGACCAAGGCCGGAGUCAAAGGCCUUGUGGACUCUGGCGUGACCAAGGUCCCCAGGAUCUUCAUCCACCCGCCCGAGAACUUGCGUGGUUUGUCGUCCAACUCGAAUGGGACUGGCCUCCAGGUCCCGAUCAUCGAUCUAAGAGGCUGUCGGGAUUUUCGGCGGCGAGAUGUCAUUGAUGGUAUUCGCGAAGCAUCGGAGACAUGGGGGUUCUUUCAGAUGAUCAAUCACGGGGUUCCGCUCGAUGUGAUGGACAGCAUGUUGGAGGGUGUGAAGAAGUUCCAUGAGCAACAAGUGGAAGCGAAGAAAGAGCUGUACUCCAGAGAUGGGACGAAGAGAGUGAGGUACUAUUGCAAUGGAGACUUGUUCCUGUCAAAAGCAGCAACUUGGAGAGAUAGUGUCAUAUUUGAUUUCCAGGAUGGUGUCCUCGACCCAGAGGCUGUUCCUCCUAUUUGCAGAGAUGCAGUUUUCGAGUACGAGAAACAUAUUGCAGAGCUGAAGACAUCUUUAGCCGAACUAUUAUCGGAGGCAUUGGGCCUCAGUUCUGAUUAUCUCAGCGGCGCUGAGUGUAUGAAAUCGGAGACAGUGCUAGGCCAUUACUACCCAGCUUGUCCGGAACCAGAAUUGACUCUCGGCACGGUUAGUCACUCGGACUUAUCGUUUCUGACUCUUCUCCUUCAAGACCACCACGGUGGCCUACAAGUCCUCCACGAAAGCCACUGGUUUGAUGUGGUUCCUGUGAAGGGAGCACUUCUAGCCAACAUUGGAGACUUCAUACAGCUUGUUACCAACGGCAAGUUCAAAAGCGUGGAGCACCGAGUGCUUUCAGGGCAGGUCGGACCGAGGAUUUCGGUCGCGUGCUCUCGCCCCAAGCAAGACAGGAACAGACCUCUUGGGCCAAUAAAGGAGCUUCUCUCUGAAAACAAUCCGCCUAUAUACAAAGAGACCUCUCUCUCGGAAUACGUCGCAUGCGCCAGAUCCCAUGGCCUAGCCACUUCGACACUUCCUCAUUUCAGGAUAAGCGACCCCAAAUGGAGAAGAGCUGUGGAAAAUUCCUGAACGAGAGUGUCAUGACUGGUUCUAUCGUGUAUCUGAGCUUGUGGAAGGACUUUGUAACUACUGGUUUCGGUUUGUGCAAUAAAAUGCACUCGUCCAAAACAAGUCAGUGUCAAAGUUAAUUCUUCUAAUGCAAAGUGGAGUAUCAGAGUCACUAUAUUCUUCAA